GGAAAAGCUGUCCGAAAAGUUGUGCAUGGGCUUGUUAUAAGGAUUAAUCGAAGACUUUGGGGGACUAAGGGGGACCCAGCUGCAACACAGCUCUUAAGCAGUAUACGCCUUCGCCGAACCAAUAGACAUACAUUGCACGUUACAGUAGCCUUAUUCCCUGUCACUCCGAGCACCAGCGAGUCUAGACACAGCGGCCGAAGAUGUCUGGCGGGGCGCCUCCGAUUCCCAAGCUGCCCGGCUACACUGUUUGCCUGCCGCAAUCCCUGAGCGACAAGGGCUUCAAGAAGGGGCAAACCCUCACAUAUGUCAAUGGAUACCAGCGUGAGGACGCGCUGGCGCAAGUGAAGGACCUGCCGGAGCGCAUUGCACAAGCCACGGAUGGCGCUCUGGCCUCCGGAGCGAUGGGCACCGGCGUCCUGCCCGCCAGCAUGAUGCAGGACACUGCCACAAAGCUCCCGCAAUGGGUGGAGAACGAUCGCAAGGUGCUCCGCUUCUACGGAUACUUCAAGGAGUCCGUGGUGGAGAGCAACAUGGAGAACCACCGCAUCCGCAAAGUCAUCCUGUAUUACUACCUGGAGGACGACAGCAUGCACGUGGCGGAGCCGCGCCAGGACAACAGCGGUAUUCCCCAGGGCGUGUUCAUCAAGCGCCACCGCGUCACCCGCGACGACGGCAGCUUCUUCAACCCCGGCGACUUCUCUGUGGGCGACACGGUCAGCAUCUACGGCCGCAACUUCUACCUGGUGGACGCGGACUCGUUCACGCGCGAGUUCAUGGCCGCGCGCGGCAAGGAGCAGGGCGGGCCGCUGCCCUACCCCGGUGACCCCGUGGACGUCUACCGCGCCACCUUCGGCAUGAACCGCGGCCGUGCGCCGCAGGCGCGUGAGGACAGCCCCGGCAGCACCACCCGCCGCGUGAACGACUUCAAGGCGUACGUGGAGGCGCGCCUGGGCAAGCCCAGCCACCUGCUGGACGGCGACCGGCUGCGGCAGUUCCUGGAGAACAACAAGAAGGUGCUGCGCUUCUGGUGCGUGUGGGACGAGCGCACCACCAUGUACGGCGACCGCCGGCCUUACGUGCUGCACUACUACCUCGAGGACGACAGCGUGGAGGUGCUGGAGAUCAACGAGAACAACAGCGGCCGCGACCCCUUCCCCGUCUUCCUCAAGCGCGGCCCGCUGCCCAAGGUGGCCGUCAAGACCAACACCACGCUCAACCCCAAGUUCCGCAAGGACCAGUGCUACAACGCCGGCGACUUCCGCCUGGGCCUGUUCAUCAACGUGCUGGGCCGCGACUUCUACCUGCACGACGCCGACACCUUCACCAAGCAGUGGUACAAGGACAACCUGGGCUACACCGAUGAGGAGAUGUCGCCAGUGGACGUGAAGGAGCCCAUCCUGCCCAAGCCGCGCGCCGCGGUGCCGCCCUUCAACGGCUACGGCACGAUUGAGGACUCGCUGCAGAACUGCCUCAGCCUGGUGCCCAAGCCGCCCAAGCGCGACCUGCACAAGCUGAUGAACAAGGACAAGAUCAUCCUGCGCUUCGUGGUGAAGAUGGUGGACACGGACACGCACAAGCACAGCGCCACCGACCUGGCGCGCCGCUUCAUCCUGUCCUACUUCAUGAUGGACGACUCCAACCUCAUCUUUGAGCCGCCCGUGCGCAACACCGGUAUUGCCGGCGGCAAGUUCCUGGAGCGCCAGAAGAUUUACAAGCCGCGCUCCGAGGAGAUCUACACCUAUCUGGAUCUGUACGUGGGCGCCACCAUCGAGGUGUUCAACCGCACCUUCGAGCUGCUGGAGGCGGACGAGUACACGCUGACGUACAUGGAGAACUACAAGGACAUCUUUGUGAUGGCGGACACGGACGUGCUCAUCCGCUCGCUCAAGGCGCAGGUCAGUGGCAAGGAGGACGCGGUGCGCUCGUCGGUCAUCGCGGCGGACAAGAGCGGCAGCGGUGCGCUCACGGGCGACGACCUGGAGGCUGGGCUGCAGAGCGCGGGGCUCAAGUUCACGCGGCACCAGGCCAUCAGCCUCAAACGCCGCCUGGACAAGAACAAGACGGGGACGAUCAGCAUCGAGGAGUUCCUGGGCCUGCUGGGGCUCUGAGCGGCCGCUGUGACGAAAGGUGGAGGCGGAGGCGGCUAGGACGGCUCGCGACUCGCGUCAGCAAGUCCCUCUUGUAACCAAUGCAAUCUAGGAGCGAGGAGGAGAGGGGGCUGCUGUGGCGCGGCGCUGGUGCGGGAGAUCCGGCUCCCGGAGGUGGCUAAAGCUGUGGGACAGCACGCGCGCAUGACUGUUCUGUACGUACCGUGUGUUAAUGACCCACCCAUUGACCUGUUUCUUAGCAUGACCUGACCGGGAAAGGGGACUGUGAUGGAGUUCAUGGGAGAGGCGGCAAUGGAAGCUGCAGUGAGUUUGCGAUGCGGUGGUUCCUUUUCCCAAGGACAUACGAUACCGGUAACGCGUUUCCAUCGAGCUGUAAGAGCUUGCAGGUAGCUAGGCAGUAGGCUAGGCAUUUGGAAAGGAAGUAGGCAGGAUGCUAGGCUAGACAAGUCCAGACGAACAGUGAGCGUGUGAACGUCCACGCUAGUACUGAUGCCACAACGAUUGCGUGGCAGCAAUGUGGCCGGCCAGGCGCUGGCUUGUGCACGGGAGGGAAGGAGCCAGUUCACGGCGCAGGAGCAGGUGACCCGAUAGGGCGCCAGUUGGCUUACAGACGGUGUAAGCAGUGUUUUCC